GCGGCUGCUCGGGGGUACUUCCGGUUUCCUGGGAACAACUUCCUUAUCUCGUCUAUGUAACUAAAUGUGACUUUUCGGCGACUGCUGAGCUGAAGGAGCUGACUUGAACCACACCACUCUGGGAAAAUGUUGCUUUUAUCAAACCGGAUAAAAUUAUGUUCGCUGGCGUUUACCGCCGCUCGUAUGUACAGCAGCGGCCCCACGACCGCCAACAAGAACCCGACGGUUUACUUUGACAUUGCUGCAGACAACGAGCCUCUGGGCAGGGUAACCUUUGAGCUCAACGCCGAAGUCGUGCCAAAGACUGCAGAGAACUUCAGAGCGCUGUGCACAGGGGAGCAUGGCUUUGGUUACAAAGGAUCAAUUUUCCACAGGGUGAUCCCUCAGUUCAUGUGCCAGGGUGGAGAUUUCACCAACCACAAUGGAACUGGAGGCAAGUCAAUUUAUGGGUGGAAGUUUCCCGAUGAGAACUUCAAGCUGAAGCACACUGGACCUGGUAUCUUGUCUAUGGCCAACGCUGGACCCAACACCAACGGAUCCCAGUUCUUCAUCUGCACCAGUAAAACAGAAUGGCUGGAUGGCAGGCAUGUUGUCUUUGGCAGCGUGAAGGAGGGACUGGACGUGGUCAAGAAAGUGGAGUCCUUCGGUUCCCGGUCUGGGCGAACCUCCAAGAAGAUCACUAUCACAGACUGUGGAGAGCUGGAGUAGACUCCAUGUGAGCGGGCGGAGGCGGUCGUAGUCUCAUCUCCCUGCUGUAAUUUCAAUGUGAGAGGCUGAAGGAGGCUUUUUCCUCAGUCAUGGCACAGAGUGCUACCUCUGACAGUUGAUUAUCUCACUCUGGUACUUUAAGUCUGGGUUAGUUUUUCUUGGUAGCAACUCAUGCACUUAAACUCGUCAUAAAAUGUGAACUUGUAUAGGACCGACAACAACGGGAUGGUUGUAUUGUAUGUGAAAGAACAAUUAAAACAGUAUACACUGAAACUGUCUUGAAGAAGAGGCGUGCAUUCACAAAAAAAUAAAGUAACUUUUUUCUAAAUAUA